AACUUCGACGACUACGAUUCUGGUGACGAGGAGACUUCAGGUUUCGUCACUAAGGAGGCUGAGGAGGCUGAAAAGUCCGGUCAGGAGGCUGGAAGACCAGGCAGUCUAUUGAAUAGGAUGAUUUCUCACGGCAACAAGAAGACCGAGGACCAGAUCGCUCGCGAGGCCCGCGAGGCCGCUGCUGCUAAUCCAGGUGCUGGCGGGGCCGACCAGGCU